AUGCCGAAGCGGCUAUUUCUACACACGUUUCCCCCUAAUCGGCUGAAGAAUCCUGUCUCUGCGGGGCGGUGCUUUGGUUCAGGUUCGCGACGGCGACUGGCGCAACCCCGGCAUGGCCUUCUCAACGAGCCUUGGCUACCUCUGGCUUCAGUAUCUACCUUGCCAACUACCCACUUUUCACCAACUGGGAUACGGAGGGAGCUGGCUGGGGAAGGCCCUCGGAGAAACGACCACAAAUUGCCAGACGAACGAACAUUGAAGCUUGGAAAGACUCUACGGAUUUUGUCACCUCUCUUGCCAACCCUUCUGUAUAACACCUUACCCACCAACAUCCUCUCCCCGAGUGUCAAUCUCCACCUAUUCCCAUCCACACAUCCACACCUUCCCACAGUCAAGGGGCGCACACUCUACCGUGCAGCGCUAUGGACCGUUCCGGUGGCAUGGAGCAGUGUGCCACUCGUCGGUAACGUCAAACUGCAAAUCCUGAGCGAGCGUAUCGUACGCGCCGGCACGCUACUCGACCCGACUCACCACGGCGAUCACCACGACUGCGGCGAUGAACGCCUGAUAGUACGGUGGAACACCGAGGCACGAACAGACAGCCGUCCUUUCCAUAGAUCGACCUUGUCGAAUACCAAUUCCGCAACUUUGCCACAAAACACCCCUUCGUCCAACAACCAUCUCUCGGGUUCUACGGAAAGCACCAACAAAGGCUUGAGUGUCCUUCUCGGUGGUGACGAGCCUAUUUUCAAGCUAUCAAAGGAAGAGCAAUUUACCGGUCUCUUUAUAUUCUCUUUCGACGAGGAAGGUCGCAUUCUGACUCAUACUAUUGAACAUGCCGAUGAAGCUGACGGCUGGGACCGAACUGCUAAAUUUGUGACUUUGACUGACUGGCUCAUUGGCAAAGCGCGUGGCUCGUUGGAACCAACUUCCAAUCCUGGACUUGCCAUAGAAAAUUGCCAAAACCAUGGGUUUGCUCCUGGCAAUGACCGGGGCUCCUGA